AUGGCUUCAUUUAACAAUCCAAAUCAAUCCCCCAACGCCUUUUGGGAGCAUGUGGCGUCCACUUUGGAUGACCACCCCUUCUUCAAUCCUCGCAGCGUGAACUCUUCUCACCCACCGCCGCCGCCGCCGCCACCGCCGGCAGCAUUCUGGGGCUGGGGAAAUCCUCACCAUUCUCAUCGGCGCCAUCGUGGACCUCCUCCAUCGUUCUGGGCAUGGGCCCAUCAGACCGAUGAUGAGGACCAGCCGCAUUCCCCCGAGACGCACGACAGCGCAGCGAACCAACCCGCCGAGACUACUGCUGGUCCUUCCCACUCUGCAGAAGAAGCCCACAAUACCGAAAAGGGCCCAGCUCCCUCGUCAGACUCCGAGCCCCAGUCUCAGCACGAGGGACGUCCUCAUGGACGAUGCGGUAAAGACAAGCAUCCUUCUCAUGGAGGCCACCACGGAUCCAGUGACCGAGGCAGAUGUGGACGAGGCUCCCGCGGUGGUCGAGGCAGACACCACGGCCAUGGCCGUCCGCCCUUCGGUGCUGGACCAGGCCUGCCCAACAUGGACUUCUUGCGGAACAUCGCAUCUCAAUUCGGCGUCCAGUUCAACGAGCCAACUCCCGAUGGAGUCGACUUUGUCCCGUCGCUAGACAUGUUCGAUACCCCGACCACAUAUAUCGUGCAUGUUUCCCUCCCCGGAGCAAAGAAGGAGGACCUGAGUGUCGAUUAUGACCCGGAAGAGUCUGUCCUCCGUCUUGCGGGUGUCACUUAUCGCCCUGGAAUCAACGAGGACUUGUACGAAGCUCUUGUCAUGAAGGAGCGAGCUCGCGAAGUCGGUGUCUUCCAGCGUGAUGUUCACGUUGGAACCUCUGAGGCCCCGGCUGAUAUUCUUGUCGACGAGAUCAAGGCCAGGCUGGAGGACGGCGUGCUGAUUGUGACACUGCCGAAGGUGCAGCGGGCGCCGCAGGCCAAGAAGAAGAUUGUUGUGGAAGAUGGAUCGACCACGGUCGAGAAGUAUGCUGCCGAGAGGGAGAAUAUCAGUAAUGAGAAGGAUGCGAUGCUGGUAGAUGUGAAGGAGACGGAGACUGCCAGCGAGACUUUGACUCCAUCUGCGUCUGAUGAUGAGAGUGAGGGCGAGGGUGGGGAGAACAAGGAGUACGUGAAGGUGCAAGUUAAUUGA